GACAGAUACUCGUGAAAUAGCAGUUGUAAACUCAAGUAUUAUUAAUUUUAGAAAGGGCACGUCGUCAAGAUCGCCCUGGCAAGCAGAGGCGAACUGGAUCCUCGGAAACCCCGACCGGGGAGGGGGAACAGCCCCCCUACCUUCAGCAAUGAAGAUAAACCACAAUAAGCGCUAGCUAGCUAACGUUAGCUUGCUGCUCCAUCAAUAAGCUAGCCAGCCUGUUAGCUAGCUAGCUAAAGCUUUCUGUCUAGCUAGCCUUUCCGCCACCGGCAAAACUUGCUUGUACAAGGCCUGAUCUUGACGCAACUUGCUUGGCUAGCUGUAUUUUAUGCGCGUUGUUUUUUUAAACUACUAGUUAUAAAUAGCUAGUUUAUUGAUUACUGUAAAUAUCUAGUUAUUAGAUUUUUUGGCAAUGAGUUUACCGCAGAAAGCGGUGCCGAAGACAGCCGCUGUCGCUGGUGCCGGACCUGGAACCGGGCCGCCCCCCUCGACCCAGCUGCGGGCUCCUCUGGCCACAGUACCGCUGUCGGGCCCCCCGGUAGCCCAACAGCCUCCUCCGGUACCACCAACGCAAGUUUUCCUUAAUGCGUUGCACCCCAGGAUCCCCAGAGUGCAGCCAUCCUUGGAUGAACGAAUCUUCUCCGCACAGCCUGGUGUCACUGCCGUCUACAGUGUACAGAGACCCCCUGGCCCCCCCUACACAGCACAUGAAAUCAGCAAGGGACACCCCAGCCUAGCGGCCACGCCGCCAGGCCACGCCUCUUCCCCUGGACUUUCUCAGGUAUCAGUUUCCACAGUAUCCACUGCGCAUCUGUAUGGCCACCCUAAAGGCUGGGAGGCAGGAGGAGGGUCUCCGUACGCGGCAGGCCAGAAUGCCGGCACGACUCCUCUGGUCUACUCUCCUCCAACGCAACCAAUGAACGCCCAGCCUCAGAGCCGCCCGUUUGCCCCUGGGCCUCGUCCUACCCAUCACCAGGGAGGAUUCAGACCCAUUCAGUUUUUCCAGAGGACUCAGAUGCAGGCAGCCCGGCCCACCAUUCCAAGCAACAGCCCUUCAAUUAGGCCUGCCUCCCAGGCACCAGCUGCCACCGUCUAUCCCCCAAGUCAACCCAUCAUGAUGUCCAUGACGCCUAUGCCUUUCCCCUCACCCCAGACUGCCCAAUACUACAUACCCCAGUAUCGUCACAGUGCUCCUCCAUAUGUGGGGCCUCCCCAGCAGUACUCAGUCCAACCUGCCGGACCCAGUACCUUCUACCCUGGACCCACUCCAGGAGAUUUCCCUCCAGCAUAUGCAGCGGGGCCUCCAUACUAUCCUGGCCAGACCAUGUACACACCAUCUCCAUCCAUAAUAGUGCCUACACCACAACAACCUCCACCUGCCAAGAGAGAGAAGAAAACUAUCCGCAUCCGAGACCCUAACCAGGGUGGCAAAGACAUCACAGAAGAAAUCAUGUCAGGAGUGGGCGGGAGCCGGAACCCAACCCCUCCAGCGGGACGGCCGUCCUCCACCCCUACUCCUCCACAGUUUUUAUGUCAACACCCUCAUUAUCCUCACAUUUUCUACCUCAAAUCCCAGCAGCUGAACAGCCAGGUUGCGGAACAUGGGCACGUUAUGUACAAUGUGGACAGCACACAAGUCCUCCCUGCUCCUGUCGACUUGAAACCAGAUGACAAGCCAAAGCUUGAGAGUGCAGUACUGAAGUCUUCAUCGCCAGGGCUACGGCCUGGGGAGCCUCCUGCACAGAGGCGAGAGCCCAGCAGCCCUGCCCCUGCAGCUCCCGCAGCCGCUGUUCCUGUCCUGGCCCCUUCCCCUGCCCUUGCAGCUUCCCCUGCCCAAGACCUGCAUCUCUCUGAGAAAUCUGAGCUUCCUCCCUCAGGCCCAGAACUGGCCCCCAGUGUAGCUCCAGCCUCAGUUCCAGCCCCAAGCCCCUCCAAGCCUACUGCCUCAGUAUUGGGGGCAGUGGAGCUCCCAGCCCCUUCAGUGGAGCCUAGCUCUGUGGUGGCCAUCACACCAGAGCCAGAGAAGCUGGAGACUGAGCGAGCCCCAUCCGAGUUGACUUUAUCUUCAGGCCAGACCGUAAAGGCUGUCAAUGGGUUGGCCGAAACAGAUGCCACACCUCCCUCUGAAGAUGUAGAUAUUCAGCCUUCUCAGCCUAGCCUGACUCCCGAACUACAGCCUGCUCAACUCAGCCUUCCCCGGCCCCAGCCGGUCAGCUCUGAGCCCAACCUCGUCGCAUCUGCAGUGAAGGCUGUAAGUCCUGCAGCUGGAGAGACAGUCACUUCAGGCAUUGUGACCCCCUCUCUGCCUGCCGCCACCACCACUACUACUACUGCUGCUGUUUGUACUGUGCCUGGACCUGCUCCUUCUCCAAGCCUCACUCUCCCAGGCCAGGGAGCUGCAGAGACAGGCCCAGCCAGGAGAGCCUCAACCGGGCCAGAGCCGAGAGAGACCGAAAAGGAGGCAGAUGUCUCCGUAGAGGAAAAAGUGGAGCCCACAUUACAGUCCAACCUUAGACCAAGCUCAAGUCAAGCUGCGUCUAGUGUACCAAAGACCUGGAAGAAGCCAAAAGAGGACGCUUCUGUGGGGCAAGCCCAGUGUCCUGACAAAGAGGAGAAGCUGGAGCCAGCUGUAGAGGCUGCAGUGGAGCACUCUGUCCCUCCUCCUGUGGGUGUGGAGCGGCGGAGUUCGACAGCAGCACCUGUGGAAGAGAAUGGGGAGCAAGAGGCAGAGCCUCUGAGGAACGGACCAGAGCACACCUCUGAGACUGAGAGCAGUGAUGAAGUCCUUGCACCUGCACUCAAAGAACCUUCUAACAACGCAAUACAAAAGCCAGAACUGAAGAAUGGGAAGAGGCAGUAUAAUAGAGACUUUCUGUUGGGCUUCCAGUUCAUGCCUGCCUGUGUGCAGAAGCCUGAGGGGCUUCCUCCCAUCUCAGAUGUCGUACUGGACAAGAUUAACCAAAACAAGCUGCCUCUGCGGCAAGUGGACCCACGGGUCAUCUCCAGAGGGCCAGACUUCACCCCAGCCUUCGCAGACUUCGGCAGGGUGAUUCCUGGAAGCAGAGGCGCGCCACUCCUGAAUGUAGGCUUGAGACGGCCUCCUCUCCGCAAGAUCAUCAUGAAUGUGUCGGUGAAUGAUGAGGUGCAGCUGAAGAAGGCUGAGAAUGCCUGGAAGCCUGGCAUGAAGAGGGAGAUUGCCGCAGAGGAUCCUGAGACUCAGAAAACUCAGGAGCUUUUCCGAAAGGUUCGCAGUAUCCUCAACAAACUGACCCCACAGAUGUUUAACCAGCUCAUGAAGCAGGUGACUGACCUCACCAUUGACACAGAGGAGCGCCUCAAAGGCGUCAUCGAUCUGGUCUUUGAGAAAGCUAUCGAUGAACCAAACUUCUCUGUGGCUUAUGGCAAUAUGUGUAGCUGCCUGGCUACGUUAAAAGUGCCCAUGGCAGACAAGCCCUCCAGCACUGUGAAUUUCCGAAAGCUUCUGCUGAACCGCUGUCAGAAGGAGUUUGAGAAGGACAAAAUGGAUGACGAUGUCUUUGAAAAGAAACAGCGAGAGCUGGAAGCAGCUUCAUCAACCAGUGAGCGUGAGAGACUGCAGGAGGAGUUGGAGGAGGCGAAGGACAAGGCUCGCAGAAGAUCCAUUGGAAACAUCAAGUUCAUUGGGGAGUUAUUUAAACUACGCAUGCUGACCGAAGCCAUCAUGCAUGACUGUGUGGUGAAGCUGCUGAAGAACCAUGAUGAGGAGAGUCUUGAGUGCCUCUGUAGACUCCUCACCACAAUUGGGAAGGACUUAGACUUUGAGAAAGCCAAGCCUCGGAUGGAUCAGUACUUCAACCAGAUGGAAAAGAUAGUAAAGGAGAGGAAGACUUCAUCACGCAUUCGUUUCAUGCUCCAAGAUGUCAUCGACCUUCGACUGCAUAAUUGGGUGUCGCGUAGAGCUGACCUGGGCCCCAAGACCAUUGAGCAGAUCCACAAAGAGGCCAAAAUCGAAGAGCAGGAGGAGCAGAGAAAGGUCCAUCAGCAGCUGCUGACCAAGGACAAGAGGAGACCAGUACUGCAGAGAGAGGAGACCUGGAACACUGUGCCUGUGCCUAAGAACAGUAGGACAAUAGACCCCAGCAAGAUCCCCAAAAUCUCCAAGUCAACAAUAGAUGAUAAGAUUCAGCUGGGGCCCCGAGCACAGCUGAACUGGAUGAAGGGCAGCAGUGGAGGAGCUGGAGCUAAGGCCAGUGAAUCAGACGUCUUGCGCCCCAGUGCUAGCAGUCUGAACCGUUACUCACCCCUGCAGCCCUCAGCCCCGACAGCAGUGCCCACUUCCUCUGCUACAUCAGACUUUGACUCGAAGAGAAGCCUAAGCAGUCGUGGGAGCUCAGGACGAGAACGCAAUGACAAGCCAUUGAGUUCGGGCCCCUCACGGCCAGGGCCUCCCUCUGUGGGUGGAGCUGGUAAGGAGGCCCCUGAGGAGCCUCCCCAGGAGGAGGUACACAAGGAGACACAUGUCCCCGACACACCUAAACUGCUGCCCAGCACAGCCAGCAGGAGCAAACUGGAGCGCAGCCAAUCCAGGGAAUCUGUAAAACUUGAAGCAGCAUUAGGCCCCGCCACAGACAAGCCUGCGUUGUCUGAGGAGGAGAUGGAGAAGAGGUCCAAGUCCAUCAUUGAUGAGUUUUUGCACAUUAAUGAUUACAAGGAGGCCAUGCAGUGUGUGGAGGAGCUGGAACAGGCCUCGAUGCUGUAUGUGUUUGUGCGGGUGGGUGUGGAAUCCACACUGGAGAGGAGCCAGAUCACGCGAGACCACAUGGGCCAGCUGUUCCAUCAGCUGCUGCAGGCUGGGAGCCUCUCCAAACCUCAGUUCUUUAAAGGGUUCUCAGAAACCCUUGAGUUAGCAGAUGAUAUGGCCAUUGACAUUCCCCAUAUAUGGCUGUACUUAGCGGAGCUGGUUAAUCCUGUGCUCCGAGAAGGAGGAAUCUCUAUGAGAGAAUUAUUUAGUGAAUUUAGCAAACCAUUACUCCCUGUGGGAAGAGCUGGGAUAUUAUUUUCUGAAAUAUUGCACCUUCUAUGCAAACAAAUGAGCCAUAGGAAAGUGGGGGCCUUAUGGAGGGACUCUGGGUUAAGCUGGUCUGAUUUCCUCCCUGAAACGGAGGAUGUGCACAGCUUUGUCACUGAGCAGAAACUAGACUUCACUCUAUCUGAUUGCUCCAGUCCGGCUGAUGCGGUCUCUAAGAGAACGCUCUCGCCUGAGGAACUGAACAAGCAACUUGAAAAGCUUCUUCUGGAAGACAUGGCUAGUGAUGAACAAAUCUUCGACUGGGUAGAGGCAAACCUAGAUGAAUCAGAAAUGAGUUCACCUCCCUUCCUCAGAGCUCUGAUGACUGCUGUGUGCAAAGCAGCAGUAAAAUCGGAGAAAUCCUCUUGUAGAGUGGACACGGCCAUUAUUCAGAAGCGAUUGCCUGUAUUACACAAGUACCUUAACUCGGACACAGAGAGACAGUUGCAAGCACUUUAUGCACUUCAAGCAUUGAUAGUAAAACUGGACCAGCCUCCUAACUUGCUCCGGAUGUUCUUUGACUGUUUAUAUGAUGAAGACGUGAUCUCUGAGGACGCCUUCUACAAGUGGGAAUCUAGCAAAGACCCAGCCGAGCAGCAAGGCAAGGGUGUGGCCAUCAAGUCGGUGACGGCCUUCUUCACCUGGCUACGGGAGGCUGAGGAGGAGUCCGAGGACAAUUGACGAGAGGGGAAAAACGGACACAUUUGCCAACAUGUGCUGAAAGACAAUAGCCGCUGACACAAUAACUGCAUCUUCUAAAACAAAACGUAAUACAAGCAAACCUUAUGCACCAAUGGGAAGAAUGGAGUGCGGCAGUGUGAAUGGUACGGUUCAUUGACAUACAGCGACGUGAUGACUUAAAAUUGCUGGAGCACUAAAAAGAAUACAUGUAUUAUUUAUAGUAAUUUCAUUUAAGUUUUUAAUUUUUUGUUACUUUUUAAGAGAAAAGACUUAAUACAAAUAUGUGCUACAAAGAAACAAAACUUUGAAAAAGUUCAGACUCUAAUUUAUGGGUUCUUUUUUUUUUGUUUGUUUGUUUUGUUUUUUUAAAGAACUGCAAACAAAUGUGUAUUUAACAUUUUGCAGAUGGUCAAGAGGCAUUGGUGGAUAUAGAAAUAAAUAAAUAAUGUUAAUAAUUCUAUUAAUAUAAUAAUGGUAACAGUUGUGAAAGAGCCUCCCUGACUUUCAGAUUGUUCGGUUAAGGACAAAUACGCUUCGUGGGAGGAUUUAAAAACAGUCAGGGCUCCAGAGGAUUGACGUAGUCGUACGUCAGGUGUUCAAGGUUAUUAUUUCAAUAACCAUACCAAUUUUCCUUCUGCUUUAGCUUGCUCUACGUGGAAACAUAUAAUCCAGCAGAACUAUGCAUUCAGGAGACUGCUGAGAUUACAGUCAAAACAAGAACUUUGAAUGGAAUUAAAUGAGCAAAUGGCAACUUGUACAAAACACUAAAGAGUUGUUGCUGAACCUAAAGUGCUUGUAAUUCUUCAUACUGAUAGAGCAAAUUUAAAGCUUGUAAAUAAAUUAAAAACAAAAAUGAUACAUGAAAAAACAAA